UGGUGAUAGUCCAGGCUGGGCUCUCGAGUGGCGGCGGCACCGGGCUGUGUUCACAGCGGCGGUUUGGUAACGUGGGUUUAUUUUCCACCGUCUGUGCAAGAAAAUGUCUUUCAUUGAAACAUGAGUGAUGCUGAUGAAAUUGUCCAUGCUCUCAAAGACACAUUUAAGAGUGAAACAAGUGAAGACCCAGCUAAUGAUGAAAAAGAAAUUGCAAACAAGGACUCAUGUGGCCUGCAACAUCAAGAUAAUAGUAAAGAAGUUCCAGAUGAGACUCCUGAAAUCCAAUGUCAAAAUGAGUUCAUUAAUAGGCAAGAUAAAGUAGAAGCUGUCUCAGGUCAAGACAGAACUCAGACAAGUGGACAACAUGAGGUUGAGAGUGACACUGAUAAAGCUCAAACUGAAGCUAACAAUGGCAUAAGUGAUAAGGCAAUGGAUGGUAUUGACCACCUGCACAUUCAGGAAACCACUGAUGUGGAUGAAACUCAACCUCCAAGUAAUAGUGGUGUUAAAGAUGUAUCUCAGAGUGAGAUGAUGAGAAUCCAAAUUCAGGCUUCUGAUGAUGUACAAGCUGAAGUUUGGAGUGAGAUGCAGCAGGUUCAAGAACAGAUAGAUAGGAAUGAACAAGGUGAAGCGCUAAGAGCUCUAAGCAUGUCAAAUAAUUUUGAAUGCCAAUUAAUCAUUGGUGAAUGUACUGAAGUUCUGGGCAAGUCAGGUCAAGUUGAAAGUCAGCUUGUUAGUGGUCAAAAAGAUGAAGUUCUGUUUGAAUUGGACCAAGUUGAAGAUAAGUCUGACAAUUAUGAACAAACUAAAAGUUACAGUGAUCUGGAGAAAACUGAAGAGCAAUCAACCAGAAGACAAAAUAAAACUCCGUGUGAUGUGGACCAAGCUGAAAAUCAUCCUAUCAAUGGGCACAGUGAAGCUCAGACUGAACAAAGCCUUGUCCAGGAUCAGGGUGAUUUGGGUGGGCAAGGUGGAGAUUCGUGUGAAUCAGGCCAAGUUAAUGAUGAUGAAAGAGGUGACACUAAAAGUGCAACAAGCUCAGAUCAACCUAAGGCACUUGAUGGUAGAAAACUGAAAGAUGCCACAUACACAAUCAAAUCAUUGUCAGCUGGUAGAAGAACUUGUCUGUUUACUGGAAAGAGAUUCCCAACUUAUAGUAGGAAAAUGGGAAAAUUUAAAAUGCAAAGAAGUUCCAAAGGUAUUGAAAAUGUAAACUUGAUUGUUCUAGGAGCAGAGAAAAUUGAAUCUGAGCCAGAUGAGAAAAAUCGUUCCAGUGUGGAAUCAAUUUUGACAAAUGGUACUCAAAACUCAGCAGUUGGAAUGAUGAAUGUGGAUGAUAGACAAAAUACAGACACGAUCUUGGCUAAAAAGAAUGUAACCCAGUGUCGUAAAGGGGGUAAAGGAGUAACAAAGUUUUGGUGUGAUAUAUGUAAAUUAGUUUGCACCUCUGCCCUGCAUCUACAAAUACAUUUCCUUGGCUUCAAACAUAAAAAGAUUGAAGCAGCUUUGAAAUCGAAUGUCAACAAAGUUGAAGGAGUUACUAAAGAUGUAUUUCUAGCUCCUAUGGAGAUGAGAUCUGUGGAAGAUCAUCUCAAUGAAUUGAAGAUAAAUAAGGCUGUCCUAGGUCUUGAAUAUGUGGUUGAAUAUCGUUAUAGCCGAAAGAAAAAUCCAAAGAUUUUCUGUAAACUGUGCAAUUUUAAAUCAGAAAUCACCUUGUUUCUUCUCCACAUCCUUGGAUCUAAACACAUGGAAACAUAUCUGUGCAAGCAUUAUCCAAGUAGCAUCAAUGUCAAGAAAGCAGGGAAGGUUUCUGAAUGGAAAGAAUAUGUCAACAAAAAAGCACUGGAAAUUGAAAAAAAGUAUGGAAGACGAAAAAUAACUAUUCUCCAAGGAAAAAUAGACACAAAGGCCAAUGAAAAAUCUGCUGUAAAACGAAUGGCAGAGCAAUCUAUUGUGGAACCUGAGCGUAAACAACAGAAAUGUAAAGCUACUCCAGUGGGAACAACUGAUAGAAGUUCAAUAGGAUCAAAAAUUCUCGAGGAUCACAUCAAAAAAUCUGAUUUUGAGGAGGCAAUAAUAGGACUAGAUUAUGUGACUGAAUAUCAUUAUAAAGGAAAAACUGAGCCAUUAUAUUACUGUAAGCUGUGCCAUUAUGAAUUGCCUCUUGAAUGUAUAUUGGCUCAUAUCUCUGGAUUUAAACAUACACAAAUGUACUUAAUUGAAAAAAAAAGAAAAGAGAAGCAGCAGUGGGAAGAACGCAUGGCCUGGAUGUAUAGGUAUCCAAAUUUACGGAAAAUAAAGCCAACGAAUACUUUAAAGUCAAAAGUAGCAGAAAUUGAAAGGAUUGAUGGAAGAGGAAGAGUGAAGGUGAUCCGAGAUUAUGAUAAAUCUCCACGCAGUGAGAAGACAACUGCAAGAAAAGAUGCUGCAACAGCUGAUGACUUGCGAUGUUCAAUAGGAUCAAAAAUUCUGGAAGGUCAUAUCAAAAAAUCUAAUAUUAUGAAGGCAAUAAUAGGGCUAGAUUUUUUGACUGAAUAUCAUUACGAAGAAAAAUCUAAACCAAUAUAUUACUGUGAGCUGUGCCAUUAUGAAUUGGAUCUUAAACCUAUGUUGGCUCAUAUCUCUGGACUUAAACACAAGAAAAUGUACAUAAGAAGGCAUCCAGAUUUAUGCAAAAGAAGUCCAAUUUCUGACAAACUAAUUGUAAAAAAACAAGCAGCAGAAAUUGAAAGGACUCAUGGAAGGGGAAGAGUGAAGGUGAUCCGAGAUUAUGAUACAUGUCCACCCAGUAAGAGGACAGCUGAAGCAAAAGAUGAAAGCCAGCUGCAAGACAUGGAAUACUGUAGUUUUGACCAAGAUCAGAGAACCUGCAUGGGAACCUCUUCCUCUUCAAGUCAUACAGAUAGAAAGCUGUAUGCUAGCCCAAGUUCCAAGCCUCGUAGUAGAGUAACUUGCUCAAAAAAAAGCAAGCUGCAAGACAUGGAAUACUGUAGUUUUGACCAAGAUCAGAGAAUCUGCGUGGAAACCUCUUACUCUUCAAGAUGUACAGAUAGAAAGCUGUAUGCUAGCCCAAGUUCCAAGCCUCGUAGUAGAGUAACUUCCUCAAAAGCUGAAUCUUGGACAGUUACCAAAUAUUCUCGAAGUGAAUCCUCAACAAGAAAACAUAACCAGACUAGGAAGAGAGAAAGCUCCAAAGAAAUCAGACAUCCUGGAGAAGACUGGCGAGAUGAAUGUAAACGAUCAAUUAAACGGUCAAAAUUAAUGGAGGAUAAAGUGGAAAAAGAAGAAUCUAAGCAUUUUGAUAGAGAUGUGGACCAGAGACAGGAAAGCAUAUGGAACUCUAGAGAUGACCACAAACAAAGAGAUAAGUCCAGGAACUAUCGAGAUGAUGACCACAAACGAUAUGAUACCAGUUAUUGGGCAACAGAAAAGUAUGUUCCGUCAAGACCUGAAGAUAUAACAAAGGAGGACGUUUUGGGAUUUUUAGCCAAUUUUAAAGUUAUUAAUGAUACAGAUGCCACACAUGUCAAGACAAUCAUGUACAAGCUUAGCAAUCAACUUCUGCAGUUUGGUAAAAGGGCUCUGCAGUUAACGCAUUCUACAGAGAAAUUAAUUGAAACAGAAAAUCCCAUCUUGGUUGAUGAACAUUGCAGAUAUGAAACUCAUAGGGCAGGAAUUUUGAGGAAUUCUCCAGGUCACCCUGCAGUACAAAAUGCAACUACAUCAAUGUCAUCAAUACAAAACCAUCUUUUGACCCCAUCACUGCUGAAUUCCAUCCGUGGAAUGGAUGUGAAUACAGUUACCAAUACUCUCGCAAGAUUGGCUGUCAACAACCCUGCUUUUGAAGGUAUCAGGAUCUCGACUUUGGUUACUGUACUGAUGGAGGCCGGUGUUCUUGAUAAAAGACCAAAUUAAGUCAAGUUUAUUGUCGUUUUGACCAUAAGCUGCUGCUACGGUACACAGUAAAAAUGAAACAAAGUUCCUCCAGGACCCUGGUGAUCUCCUACAACAGUGACUUUUCAGCUGAUUGUACCUGGAAAUGUUGGUCUUUUAUGAUUCAAUUUUUAAAAAUCUUUUAAAAUCUUAUUCAUAGGCUAGAUAAAGAAAAAAAGGUUUGUUUGCUGCAUUCCAGUAUGUUGAAUUGCCAGUUAAAUAAAACUGUAGAGAAAUUACCUUCUUUGUGAAUCAUGUGGGCUGACAGCCUUGAUGCUUCUUUCAAUUCAAAGUGCAGCAAAGUUUCAACCAUCUGAAUUUCAGUUAGCUGAAAUGUUCUAGUUUUUCUUCACUUCCUGAAAGCGUGAGGUAUCCAAAUUUCACAUUUUUACUGCUAUCUCCCCUAAAUAGUCCACAUCAUCUGCAGUGAGUUGAUAUUGCUACUGGGAGUUUUAAUUGAUAAAUUGGAGAAUUUGUUAGGUUGAAAUCAUUUUUGCUUGAUUUCAAUGCAGCAAAACUCAAAGGUUCAACUCUGAAACUUGUCUUCUCCAGAUAGCCCCAAAACAAAGAAGAUAGUCAUAGUCAUACUUUAUUAAUCCCGGGGGAAAUUGGUUUUCGUUGAGAUGAAAGUCAUGGAGAGAAUCAUCAACCCACCCCUCCCCCUACACAAAAAAUCUUAACAGAACAUCAACCUACAACCACCCUCCCCUUGCACAAACCGAAAAGGAACGGGUGAUAAAGGAAUAUAAAAACAAUAAAUCUGAAAAAGUCCACAGAUAUGACAAUUCAGUUGUUGACUAAGUUUUUGUGUAAAAUGAGGAAAAAUGACUGAAUAUGGUAUAGCCAAUGUUCAUAGAUUUUGAAAUAGACCAGACCAGUGUUGCUUGUGCUAAAAGGUUUACUAUUUUCUUAUGAGUUAUCUGCUAAAGUUUUGCAGAAUCAGGGCAAAUAUAGUCAGUGCCAUUUUUAUGCUCUUUAUUGAAGUUCCAUUUAAUUUUUGAUGCCAUCUACCUUAAAUAUAUAUUGUCACAGAAGAAUUGACAAAUAUUUUAUU